AAGGAAAAUUCAAUCCGCUGGCCUUGUUGUUAAGCCCAAACGCGUUCUUCUCCCAAACAGAAACUGUCACGAACAAGUUUCCUUUCUUUCUACCUUCCUUUCCGUUCGCUAUUCUUCCCUUAUUGCAAAAUCUAUGGAUUACGAUUUUAGGAACAGGGCGGCCUCACCGUACGAUAAACAAAUUCCUAUCUACAGGGCUUCUUCUUCGUCAUCGGCGCCGUCUAGCCACCCUAUGUACGGACAGUCUCUGUAUCCGAGAAUCGGUCAACAGGGCCACACGGCAGUGCCUCCUGCUGGCCGCCACUCCUCAUAUCACCAAACUUCCGCUCCUUCGCACUCUUCUUCGUUUGCAGCAGGAUUAGGCAUUCGAGUUGCUGUAAAGCCAGAGUAUCGGAUCACUCCUCCGCCUCAGUUGUCACCACAAGUGGGAGAUAUUCCACGGAGCAGCUUCCAUUUUGAUUUUGAGCUUGAGCGAAAAAUUUUAGCUGAAGCAGAGAAGGAAAGCCUGAACUGGAGCAAGUUUGGGCUGGAAAAUCUUCCAUCUAAAACAACAGAAUCAACUUCCUCAUUGGGUUCAGCUGUAGACCCUGUAGUGAGAAAAUACAUUUCAUCAGGACUCAACUGUGAAGCUGUUCCUCAUGCUGUUGCUAACUAUGGGGACAAUCCAACUAAGGUUCAAGAAUUUGUCAAUGGCUACAACCUUUUAAGAGAAAUGGGAUUUGAAACGAGCAAUGUAGUUGAAGCUUUACUCAUGUAUGACAAUGACACACAAAAGGCAUUGGCACGUUUUCUUAACACCUCAUCCUGAACAUAUUGGAAGCGCAUGGCUGAAUUGUCAAAGUGGUGGUAUAUACUAUACGAGUGUAGUCUGGUUUUAUUCUCAUUGUAAAAUUAUGUGGAACAGGCUUGCAUUUACAUUUUGCUUACAUGUAAUAUUACUUUAAUUGUAAACAUCCCCCCAAAAUUUAUGCAUCAGUUAUUUCUGUUUUGGUGCAACAA